AUCUAUAUCAAUGUCGAAUUAGUGUCUUUUCUCUACUCAAUAGACAUGGAUUAAUUAUAGCUUGAUACCACCUUCAUAUACUAGUAGAUUUUUAUAUUUGUGCUGUUUUCUAGGAUAUUUGGAAGUGUGAUGUUCCUCUAUAUGCACAAAUAUCAUUAGUCCUAGUCCCUCUUCACACAGUCCGGCAUCCCACCACCAGCCCCCUCAAACGUGCAUCCCUUCUCUCUUUCCACCCUUUUGCCCCACUUCUGUCGAAAAAAAAAACCCACUAUUUUUAUACAAUUUCAUGCAAUUUUCUUUCCCAAAGUUAAUUUCUUGAAUGUUCUAUGUGCUUGAUUUCUUAUUUUUCUGCAUAGUUUGUUUGUGUAAUUUAUGCAUUGAAGUUGGGGCUUGAAUUGUUUCAUGGGUUUGCAAUUCUAGAUUGUGUUUUUUUUUCCUGAAAAUGCAAACUUUAGAAUCAAUUUAACCCAUUAUUCCACAGAUUAAACGAUAUAUGGUUGGAAAUAGAACAGAAAUUCUGGGUUUUUGAUUGGUUUGAUAAGAGCAGGAGAUAUCUAGGGUUUUAAAUAGUGGUAAGUGAUUUAAUUCCCCUUUUUGUUUGAUUGAAAUUAUUGGUUUUCGUUGAUGUUAUUGUGGUGAUAUUGCAUGUCAAUUUGAAUUGAAUUUGAUUAGUGGAUUUGAGAAUGUCAAUUUUGUUGGAUGGUAAUGUAUGGAAGAUGGAUUCGAAACCCGAGGCGGGGAAUGCUUUUGGGGGUGGAGCAGUUGAUGUUGGUGUAGGCAUGUUGAAUAAUAUGCAAAGCUGUUCACAGUUAUCAGGUCUCAGUAUUACAUCUGAAACUUCUGCCCUUAAUUUUGUGUAUCACAGAAAGAGGGUUUCUAAGAAUCCUGUUCCUGUUUUCCCAACCCUAUCACCUGAUAAUAUUACUUUUGUCUAUGAAAGAAGGAAGAAUCAAAAGAGUGUAGCCCCUAAUUUUGUAGCUAUGUUCUCGGAAAACUCGUUACCUAACGGUGCCUGUACUUCGGGUAUUAGAUCAGAUAAUAAUGCCAUUGCCAUAACCCUAGGCACAAGAAAUAAAGGAUUAAAUGAAAGGGAGGCUACUAGGGUUUCUUCAAUAGAACAACCAUUGACAACAUCGGAGGCAAUUGAUGGUUAUGUGACUGAGGACCGUGGCUUUGAUGGAAAAGACAAGAUGAACAAGGGUUUUGAGUUGUAUAGUGUAGAUGAUAGUUGUUCAUCGUCAAGGCUUGAUUUGGAUAGCGGUUCGUCUCCGUUGAAGAAUAAAGUAGAUGACACUGAUGAGUGUUCAUCCUCUGGUGCAGUUGUUGUAGAUGUGACGGGAAAUGACCAAUCCAUAUCGGUUAAGGGUCUUUGUGUUUCUAUUCUUCGAAGUUAUGGCUUGUUGUCUAAUUCUGGGUCAAAUAGAUCUGGUACUUCUGAGGAAGAAGCUCCAUCAUGUAGUGGCAGGAGUUGCUCUCGAACUUGUAAUGUUUGUAGUCGAAUCGGUACAGCAGACACAAACAUGCUAAUUUGUGAUGAGUGUGAGAAAGCCUUCCAUAUAUCAUGCUUCAAUCCGUGCAUAAGAAAGAUUCCGACUGAUGAUUGGUAUUGUCAACCGUGCUCUAAAAAGAAGCAUAACUUGUUAAAAGAGAGAGCAGUAAGAAAGUCAUCAAUUAUCAGGACUGAUAAGGGCUCUGUGACAUCUGAAGGAGAUUUCAGUCCAAUAGCACUGAUGCUAAAUGAUUCUCAGCCUUACAUAACUGGUGUCCGGGUUGGUAAAGGAUUUCAAGCAUUCGUUCCUGAGUGGUGUGGACCUGUUACACGGGGAGUCAGUUCGUUUCCUGAACCAAUGGAGUUGGAUCCAUUGCAAUCGGUCAAUUUUCCGGGACCUAAAUCUGGCAAACCUCAUAAGGCCUUUAUUGGUAAUUGGCUUCAGUGUAGAGAUGUCAUUGUUGGCAUGGGAGACAACAUUGAUGGAACUAUAUGUGGAAAGUGGCGCAGGGCUCCUCUGUUUGAGGUCCAGACUGACAAUUGGGAUUGUUUUCAUUCUGUUCUUUGGAAUCCAUCUCAUGCUGACUGUUCUGUACCACAGGAACUGGAAAUUGAAGAAGUAAUGAAGCAAUUGAAGUACAUUGAAAUGUUGAGACCUCGAUUGGCAGCAAAGAGACGGAAGUUAGACAUGUGUAUUGCUAGUGGCUCUGAGGUGCCGACAGAGGAUGUGAGCAAGUGUACAGGCUCUGUAGAUGCAGCAAGGACUACAUAGUCUUGCUGUGCAACACCGGUGAAUUUUAUCUCAGUUCAUGGGUCUGAUUUUGCAGGUAUCCUAUGUUUGCUGACCAUGUUGUAAUCAAACCUAGUUAGUAUAGCGUACUUGUAAAAAUGAUCUAAGCUAGUUUUGUUUCUGCCUAUUGAGCUCGUGCAAAAUUGUAGAAUUAUGCCGCCGGUUUUGCUGUGGUUAUAGGGGAUUACAUCUGCGUAUCAAACUUGGUCAAUUCGGAUGUUGAAUGAAUGGAUGGAGGUAACUAAAAA